CAUCCUCCGGAGCUUAGUCUCCUCUCUCCCCCCCAACCCUCCCCAGCCACUCUAGAAAGCUGAAGCCGCCCGCUUCCUGGCUGUUACUGGAGCAGCGAGGAGGUGAUGGAGGCGACCUCUCUCUGUUUGCUCAUCCUCGCCUCCCUGGCGCUCAUUCAGCCCCUUCUCGCUCUCUCCAAAACAGACAAGAAUAGCUUGGUCGAUGCCCACAACAGGUUUCGCUCCGAGGUCCCCGAUGCAACCAACAUGCUGAGAAUCAAAUGGGAUACACACUUGGAGAAGAUUGCCACAAAAUAUUCAAAGAAAUGUGCGUGGAAACACAAUCCAAACAGAGGAAGAGUUGGGGAGAACUUGUAUGCAACGAAUGGUGCCUUAGUCCCAGCAAAGGGAGUUGAGGACUGGUAUAUGGAGAUCUAUGAUUAUGACUAUAACACAAUGGUCUGCACUGCAGGAAAGAUGUGUGGACACUAUACCCAGGUGGUAUGGGCAACUACUGAAAAAGUGGGCUGCAAUGUUAACUUCUGUGAUAAGCUGCAUGGCCUGGAUAAUAAAAAUCUCACUAUUCUGGUAUGCAACUAUUCACCUCCGGGUAAUGUGGUUGGUGUGAAACCGUUUAAGAAAGGUGCUUCCUGCAGUGAAUGUCCAUCUGGAUAUAAGUGUGUCGAUAAACUUUGCACUUCUAACUCAAGUCCUGAAGGCACUGAAUUACCUCAAUCCACCACCUCAGGUAGCAACGAGACUGAUAAAACCACACAAGGUACCCAAACAUCGACAACAGGCUCCGUAGCGGGCUCUGCCAGUGGAGAAACCACAAGCGCAGCAGGAUCUCAAGGAGAAGCCACCCCCAAGCCCAGUGGGAUUACACCACUAUGUUAUAAUUUUGUGUCGACUCUUGUGAUAUUAGUAAUUGCGUAUUUUGUAUAAAGCAAGAGAAUAUAUGUUAGAAUUAAUGUUUGCUUAGUACGAUCUGGUGUGGUUUUAACUGUUGGCAGAGUUUACUUGGAGACAUUUACAAGUAAUUGAUCAGUCAGGAUAAAAUACACUGAUCAAAACAUAAUCAAAACCUAAGAAGUAUAUAACCAAAAAACUAAAAGACUGCCUCUCAAUCUUGUUUCCACAUCAAUUGUAUCUGUGUGUUUUAUUUUGUUGGAGAUUAUUGUAUUUUUGCUUUUACAUUGUCUUAUCUUCCCUUCAUGAAGUUGGCCUGGAUUUUGCCGUUACUUUCAAAUAAUGGUACCAGCCAUUCACUAUAUUUAUGCAUUAAUUAAAGUUUACACUGGGACUUGGGAAUGAUCACAAUCCAUCUACAGAGUGAAGAGAACAAAUAAUUAGAGGCUUGCUUAAUUAGAAACUUUCCUUCCCGAGCCAUACAGGAACCAAUCAGUUAGAAUAGAUCAAUCAACUUGCAUCAGAAAGCAAAAUAAAGGUAGGAAUGAAUGAUAUGAUUUCGAGAGAGGGAAAGGAGAUUUAAAGAAACAGCGUGGAAACAGGCCCUUCGGCCCACCGAGUCUGCAUCGACCAGAGAUUACCCGUACACGAGCACUAACCUAAAUACUAGGGACAAUUCUACAACUUACCGAAGCCAAAUAUCCUACAGAGCUGUACAUCUUUAGAGUGUGGAAGGAAACCGGAGCACCCAGGAGAAAACCCACACGGUCACAGGAAGAACCUACAAACUCUGUACAGAUAGCACCCGUAAUCAGGAUCAAACCCAGGUCUUUGGCGAUAUAAGGCAGCAACUCUACGCCACUGUGCCGCCCCAGAGGCAAAAGGAAAACAAACAUAAAAUAUUUAAUAUUGUUAAUUUUUAUUUAAAAUCUCUAACAAACGGCGGAGACCCGGGUUCGACCCUGACCUCGAGCGCUGUCUGUGUGGUAUUUGCAUGUUCUCCCUGUGACUGUGUGGGUUUCUUCCAACAACCCAAAGGCGUGCUGGUUUGUAGGUUAAUUGACCCUCUGUAAAUUGCCCCUGGUGUGCAGCGAGCGAGCGAACGAGGAAGUGGUGAUCGAUGGUCAAUGCGGACACGGUGAGCCCAAAGGUCUCUUUCCUCGUUGUUUCUCUAAAACUAAAACAUGCAAGUUUAAUUGACCUCUGUAAAUUCCCCCUAAUGAGAAAGUGAGAUAACAUGGAACUAGUGAGAACGCGUGAUCAAUGGUCGGUGUGAACUCGUUCGGUGGGCCGAAUGACCUGUUUCCAUGCCGUAUCUCUAAACUAAAGCUAAAUAUUAAAAUCUGAAGGAAUGGAACCCCAUUCUUGUAAAAGUUCAUUUUUAUGGCCAAGAGACAGUAAUAACAGCGAAAAUCAAUUGUUUUUUGUUAUUGUUGAGCUUAAAUGUGGGCAAGCAAAUAAGCACCAAAACUCUAAGUACUUCCGCUUUUCAAUGCUGAGUCUUUUGGCAAGGUAUCAGUGGAGUUAAGCUUCUUGCCAAACUGGAUAACAGCAUAAAACAUAUUUACGUGCUUAGCCAUAGUGUACAGUCACCAAAUGUAGCUAUUUAAUUUACCCUUUAAUAACAUAAUUUAUCUGCAAAAUCCUGGCUCCAAACCUUUACUGACAGAGUCUGUAAGGCACUAGCCGCUCUCUGCUUCUGACUGUGUAAAAGGUUAAACUUGUCGCAAACAAGCAAACCCACAAAAUUAAUAUCAUAUAUGAAAGCUUUGUGUGUAUAGUUUAUUUUAAUCCAUAUUGUGAUUGAAGUUAAUGGGACAGGAUGGAACCUUCAUGACAAUCCCAACGAAAAUAUACGAAGACAACAAAUAGAUGAACAAUUUAUUUUUAUGUUCAAGUGAUUUCAGCGUAAACUAGAGUCACAGAGACAUACAGCACAGAAACAGGCCCUUCGGCCCAACUUGCCCAUGCCUACCAAGAUGUCUCAACUACCUUAGACCCACCUGUCCGCAUUUGGCCCAUAUCCCUCUAAACUAUGUAGUGUGGAAACAGGCCUUUCAGCCCAA